AAUGUGAUAUCUACUACUCGUGCGCUCUCGGUUCCAAGCUUUAUUAUCAUCGGUCGAAGUUCAGUUGCCGCUCAUUAAAAAACGAUACUAAAGAACAAAAAAAAAAAGUUCUGCUGAAUUAAAACAAACGACUCGCGUCAAGGGGAGGACAAUUUUCUCGCAAAAGAAAUUAUAUAUUUAAUUUAUAUUUGAGAAAUUAAAUUUUUUUUUGUAAUUUCAAUGGUAGUUUUAUCCACGUGUUGUGCUAAGGCAGCAGCCUUCAGGGCUGUCAUUCUUGGUGCCCCAGCUUCCGGAAAAGGAACUGUUUCCUCCAGGAUAAUCAAGGACUUUAAGGUCGCUCACAUCUCCAGUGGAGAUAAACUUCGAUUAAAUAUUGCCCAAGAAACUGAACUAGGAAAAAAUGUUAAAAAAUAUUUAGACUCCGGAAGCCUUGUACCCGAUAAUGUAAUGAUUUCCCUAAUCAGUAAAGAAAUUGAAAAAGUAGGAAAUCAAAAUUGGCUUCUCGAUGGAUUUCCUAGAACUGUUGAACAAGCUGAAAAAUUACAGAAAAUUCAUGCGGUAAAUCUUGUUUUAAAUUUGAAAGUUCCAUUCUCAAUAAUUUUGGAAAGAGUAAAAAGCCGAUGGGUUCAUUUACCAAGUGGUCGAGUCUACAAUAUUGGAUUUAAUGAUCCAAAAAUUCAAGGAAAAGAUGAUGUGACAGGAGAGCCUCUCAGUCAACGUUUAGACGAUAGGGCAGAUGUUGUAGAAAAAAGAUUGGAACACUAUAAACAAUUAACAGAACCAGUAAUAGAAUAUUAUAAAAAAAUUGGCCUUCUCCACGAUUUUAGUGGUAAUACAACAGAUUCGAUGUGGCCAGAUAUUAAAGAAUGUAUUAGUCAAUUCAUAAAAACUUGACCUUUGCUCAUUCCAAUAAUCGAUACAAAAAUUCCAUUAUACACGACUUAAAAAUUUUUUUUUAAUAAAAAUUAGAAAUUUAUCUAAUUUUUGUUUCAACGAGUAUCGACAAAAAAAGGAAAUAAGAAACAAAAUUUCUAGUUUAAUUAUAGUAAUAGAACUAAAAUUAGAUGAAAAUAAUUAAUUCUAAACUAGUUGAAUUAUACGCUUCACGCACAAGUAGAUAUAGUUAAUUGUGUACUUUUAUAAAGAUUUUUUUACAUAGAUAAUAGAUUUUGAUCUUGGCACAAUAAAAUUUUAUGCCAUUUAAAUCAAAUUAAUUGUGAUCUACUCUUUCGAGAGUAAAACAAAAAGACAUAAUAUUUGACGAUUAUUUACAAUAAAAAGCUUUACAAAUAAUACAAUGUUAAAUUAUUUACAUUGGUUUUAAAAAAUUAAAUUUUUUUUAAAUUUAAUAAAAUAACAUUAAAUUUAUAAGCAGAAAUAUCUUUGAUAAAAGAAAUUUUAUUGUGAUAUAUUCAGAAACUGUGGUUCCAAUAAAAUAUUUGUUCUAACAUUACGCGCAACAUUGUCUUUUUACAAAGAUUUUUUUUUUUUUGGAUUACAAGAAUUUUCAGAAAAAAUACAAUAUUAUUUAAUUAAAAGCUCGUAACUGUCUUUUCCUGAUUUCUAUAGGACGAAAUUUUCAUUUUAUUGAAAUUUACAACAAACUAUCAAGUAAAAUCUGUUGUUGUUUUAUUAUCUAUCCUUUAACUUCUCACGAUACGUGGCAAGUUAAAUAAAUGGAAAAUAAUAGUAAUCAUUAAUAAAUAAAUAACUUAAAAUAUAGAAAUAAAGUUUUUCUAAGUACUUAAAUCAGAUUAAUUAAAAUUUGUAAUCAUAGCCACAUUUGCACGCAUACUUAUAUCCUGAUAAUAUAUUCUGCAGUGCGAAAGAGUUUGUUUAAAGAACUCGAGAAUUCAAAAAAUUCGAGUUUUCUUAAAAGCGCUCGCGAAAAAAGUACAAUACAAUAAGAAAAUUCUCUUUUCUCUGUAAAGAGCAUGUUUAAAAAAAAAUUAAAUACUCCUCAAUUAAAUCAGUUUAAAUUACAUUAUUCGAAAGUACUUUUUCAAAAUAUUGAAAAAAUAUUUUGACAGUUAAACUUAUAUUUGCUUCAAAAACAUUUUUUUUUUCAUAAAAAAAAACAAAAUCACAAUUAGUUUCUGAUAAUACAAAUAAAUUCUUGAUCCAAAUCAUUUAUUUUCUCUAUGAAAUAACUAAUAUAAAAAAAUGUAUACUUCAAAAAAAGUCUAAUAAAAAAAAAAUACAUAAUUUUCUUUAACUAAUAAAUUUUUUCAAAAUAAACAAAUUUGUUAAACAAAAUUAUCAAAGUAUAGUAAAAAAAAAAAUAUAUUUUUUUUUAACAGGUAAGAAAAUUUUAUCCUGUGUCAUUGCGCGGUAAAAAUAGAUUUUGAGAUCAUGAAUGAACGAAAAGAGAAAGAAAAUAUUGUCCAGCAAAUUUAAAAUUAAUCUAAUUUAGAUAAAAUAAUGUGGACAUACUUCCUCUUUGUUUCUUUUUUUUUCAAUAAUCUUAAAGAUAUUUUCAAAUAAUUUACAAAUUUUCUCAUUAAAUGAGUAAAGGAUAAAAUCUUCUGAUUUGAAGCAAGGGAAUUAUAUAAUUGUUGUUAACGUACUAACCAUUUUUUUUUUUUUUUAAGUGAAGAUUAUCCGAAAUUUUUUUUCGUGAAAGUUUUAAAGCUACUACUAUUUUCUUUUUUUUAUCGGGCAUUCUUCAUACUGUAAGUAACGAUUGAGCAACCUUUCCGAUUAUUUAAUAAUAAAAAAAAAAAAAAAAAAAAAAA